AUGGCUCAGGCGGCAACGGUCAGCUUUGGUGCCGAACUCAAGGACGGCUACAAGCCUGUCGACAACUGGGUAAACCUGGGAAUCGCCUGGCUCACGGAAAUUCAAGAAUUCUACCAAGAACGAUCUACCAUCGAGAAAGAAUACAGUCAGAAGUUGACGGCAUUGGCGAAGAAAUACUAUGACAAGAAGUCUAAGAAGUCCAGCAACUUGAGCGUGGGUGACAACCCUGCUCUUACACCGGGGUCUCUCGAGUCUGCUUCCCUCACGACAUGGACCACCCAGUUGUCCACCCUCGAAGCGCGAGCAAAUGAACAUGGCAAACUGGCCCAAGAUUUGAUCAGUCAAGUCGUGACCCCCCUGGAGUACAACGGAAGAAAACUCGAAGAGUUAAGGAAAAGCCAUGCCGAACACCAGGCCAAAUUGGUCAAGGAACGAGACUCAUCGUACGGGGACCUCAAAAAGUUAAAGACCAAAUAUGACGCAGUUUGUCAAGAAGUCGAGAACAGAAGGAAAAAGGCCGACUCGUCCUUUGACAAGGCCAAAGCUCACAGUACAUACAACCAGCAAUUGGUGGAAAUGAACAAUGUGAAAAACACAUAUUUGAUCGGGAUUAACGUGACGAACAAGCUGAAAGAAUGCUACUAUCACGAGUACAUUCCGGAACUGCUGGAUUCGUUGCAGGAUUUGAACGAGACGAGAGUGUCCAAGUUGAAUUCGAUAUGGAUGGUGGCCGCGUCCCUGGAGACCAAUACUCUCAAACGAAGUUCCGACCAUCUGUCUCAUCUUUCAUCGGAAAUACCAAGAAACCACCCCGGUCUCGACAGCAAUAUGUUUGUCCAGCACAAUGCUGUUCACUGGCAGGAACCGUCCGACAUGGUCUUCGAACCAUCUCCAGUCUGGCUGGACUCCGACAAUAUGAUGACCGACGAAACAUCCAAAAUUUUCCUUCGCAAUAUACUUCAAAAGAGCAAACCACUGGCCAAUCAACUCAAGACGGAAUCUGCUCAGAAACGGCGAGAGCUGGAAAACGUGAAGAGGGCCCGUCAGAAUAUUCGGGAAGGAAAGGACAGACGUGACGAAGUCGACUGCGUCAGGUCGCAAUUUGCGGUUCAAGAAGAACUUCAUGCCAUCGACCGAAAACGUCUGACGGCCGAAGUUGAAACUUCGACCAUCACCUCGGUGGUGGGAGAUCUCAGCAUGUAUGGCAAGAGUCACUCGCUCAAAUCCGAAACCUUCAAAAUACCGACGAAUUGCGAUCUCUGCGGCGAUCGGAUUUGGGGAUUGAGUGCGAAGGGCUUCAUUUGCGCCGAUUGCGGCUUUACCUGCCACAGCAAGUGUCAUAUGAAAGUCCCGGCGGAUUGUCCCGGAGAGCAAACAAAAGAAGAGAAGAAGAAGCUCAAAGCCGAGCGACAAGCCGCCGCCGCAGUAGCGGUAGAAGCGCCUGCAUCGAAUGGGGUCAGUUCUGCGCCAGCAUUGACGAGACAAGAUACCAUGAAUAGCCUGUCCUCGGGCUAUGCAGCCAGUGCUUCCAGGUCCUUAUCGGGCAAUGUCGCCAGAUUAUCCACACAAGACGAAAGCUCGACGCCAAUGGCCAGCUCCCCGAUCACGUCGGUCCCUUCGAAUGCAGGAUCGACCGUCGGUGGUGCGCCCCGACGAAACAGAAUUGUCGCUCCGCCUCCAGCUGCAUAUGUGAGUGCACCAGCCGAUGUGGGUGCCAAUGGAAGCAGCCAGCCGAAGGCGAAGAUGCUGUACCCUUAUGAGGCGAGGGAUGAAGGUGAAAUCUCCCUGUCAGAAGGUACAGAGGUCAAAAUAUUAGAACCUGACGAUGGCGGAUGGACCAAAGUCCACGCCGGAUUUGGUAAAGAAGGUCUCGUUCCCACGGCUUACCUGGAAGAACUCCCUCCUACCGCAAGCACACCGGCACACGAACGUCCACCGUCACUCUAUUCCAACUCAAGCGCGUCUUUGGCGUCAUCCAAUGUUGCAGCGGCCACGAAGAAGAAACAAGGUCCAGCUGUGGCCCCCAAGCGAGGGGCCAAGAAAGUAAAAUAUGUCGAGGCUCUGUAUCCGUACACGGCUCAGAGUGACGCAGAGUUUGAUAUGACAGAAGGUGAAAGAUUCAUUUUGAUCAGCAUGGGAACCGGAGAUGGUUGGGCGGAUGUGGAAAGGAACGGAGAGACAAGAAGUGUGCCCGCAAAUUACAUCCAGGAAGUUUAG